AUGCUUCGCCGCCACUCGAUACAUCCUCAAGAAGCGGAGGUUUCUUUCACCUUCCUAAGCGAUCCAGGGGACCUAUCUUACCUUCCGGCGGGUCACGACACCGACCCUCUUCACUUCGCUCGUUCCGUCGACGAUUCUCGACUGACGAGAUCGAACGCGGCAUCGACAAGCUUCAAGCGGUCGCCGUCCGUACCCGCCGUAGCAUCUCCCGAAGAGCCAGACACGNCAAAAAGGCCUUCCUCCCGAGACAGCGGUGGUCGCUCGGGUCACUCGGAUGAAGCUCGCCUGGGACUCCCAGAGAAAUGGGUCAUCUAUGCUGUCUCGAGACAUGAAGGCCAUACAUCAUACACUCCAAAGCGAAACCAUGAUGACAUUGAUUUUGCCAAAUUCGACUUUACUCGAUCCAUCGAGUUUUCACUGUCUGCCGAUGCCUUGUCCUCUACUGAAACGCUACCCACAUACCGCUCUCGUACCAACUCUGCUGGUCACACUGAGGCCACACUCCCACCAUAUCACGCAGACGACGAACUCUCCUCCGUGGUCGAGGCCAUCUAUGCACAAAACGCAGACCUUCUCAAANAGCCAAAGCUCAAACGACAUCGACCUCUACCUCGCGAGUUUGAUGAGAUUGAACUCAAAGAAAUCCGACGCAAAACUCGCCAUCGAAUCAGAGUGGUGACAAGGAACAGUCUGGGUCUGAUGGUAAACCUUGGUCUGGCUUCCGUGGCACCACAAAUGCUCAUCGCUGCCGCCAUCAAUGGAUUCUGUCUAGUUCAGAAACGCGACGUCAUUAUUGCUGUGCUCGAGGGCGUUGCAGUCAAGCUCGUGUUUCUGGCCAUCACCCUCAACAACGAUGACUUUCUCGUUCUCACCCACGAACUUGUCUCUGCGCACUCUGACACAGUUGCUCCAAUUUUACACAACAUACCUGGUUUCGACCAAGCCCAUCAGGCCUUCAUAGCGCCCAUCGAAAAGAUACAGGAAAUGCUAGGUUUGCCGUCGAUGGCUCAGCGUGCGAUGGAUUUCGGAAGUGGUGGCGGCUGGUUUGAUCCUGCAGACGUGGUGCUGAAGAACAUGUUUUUGGUUGGUGCCGUGCAAGUGGCCAUGGAGACUGCCGUUGAUCAGAUUCAGGAUCACAUGGCGAGGGUCACAGAGCGCAUGAGAGAGCACCGUGGUCACAAACGUAUUGCUGCUAGACAGAGGGAAUGUGAGGUCGAGGGUGUGGCUUGA